CUGCGCGCCUGGCCCCGGGGACAGGCAGCGCUCUGGGUUUUCUUGGGAUUGAGCUUGGGCAUAGCCAGCGCGCGCGUGUGCCAGGAGGAGCUCCUCAGCGAGCCUGGAAGUGGUGCUCUUACAGCGACGGAACGGUAUUAGCUGCAGCUGGGGUCCCUCCGGACAGUAAUACCCCAUGCCACUGAAACAACUAGAGAAGAGCCCUCUUCCCUCCCAGAUUCCGGGUCUCAGUGACCUUUCAAGAGCUCCCCAUGAGAUGCCACGAUCUGGGUGCCACGGGAGGCGGAUCAAAGAGAAUGAUUCAGCCUACCUGAGGCUGGCAAAGCAAGGAGGCCGACCUGACCUACUGAAGCACUACACCCCUGUGGCAAUGAAGUCCCCUCCAGCAGCGUAUGCUGCACCUGACUGGUACUCACACUGCGCCAAUCCUACAGGGAUUGACAAGCCAUGGACUUGUAUACCUCGUGCAAACAAGCGUCAAAUCUUUGCCUUCAGGAGCUGUGUUUCUUCUCUGCCGGAUUAUAUGGUUCACAGAGAAUUUAUGGCUGAUGACCAUCCAGGUAACAGUUAUGAGACAAGAAGAGGGCCUUUUGACUUUGAUACAAAAAGUGUUUGGCAGCGGGAAGCUGAGGACAAAGAAAGUGCAGAGAAAAAGAAGAUUUCUCUAAUACAGGUAAAGCUCCCACCUAUAAGCCCUAAAUAUCCAAGCAGAAUGCCACCUGUUUCUACAAACAAGGAAUUUAGUGGAGCAAAUAAGCUUUCCUUCCCACCCAUGCCUGCUCAGAGAAAAAGUGAAGCAGUAAAUUUUAGCAAAUUAAUAAGCAACGGUUAUGGGACUGACUGGUUUCAGCAGUGUACUGGAUGGGAAAAAACGAUUGAAGAAACAUCAGAAAAUAGUGAGUGCUCUGAAGAUUCAGAACAAUCUGAAUCACCACCAGCAAGCAAUGAGUUAAAGCCACCAUUUCAGCGAUGCAAUAAGUAACUUGAAAGACUGCUGGGGAAACUAAAGCCUUGUGUUGCUUAUAUAGCCUUCUAUUUACAUGUUGGCUAGGUUAUUUUUGUAAUUUAACUCAUCCCUGAUUGAGAAUUUGCGAGAUGGAUGAACUUCAUUAGACUUGAUUACAGCAUAUUUUAAAGAACAGGCAACAGCUGUCAGUGCUUAAUCCUAGAGCUUUUCUUACUGUAAUAUACAAAAUAAAGCAAAACUGA